AUGAGUUUGAUCAAUGGUGUGGGCUCAAUACUACACGUCGGAUCUCAUUUCGAAUGGGAAAUCAAGAAUUUUUCAGUGGACUGCAAACAAGUCGGAGAUUUUCUGGAAUCACCGAUCUUUGUGACCACUUGCCUCAACACCUACAUACUGUGGCGAUUGACGUUAUAUCCGAAGGGCGGAAACAUCGAAAGCAAAGAUUAUCUAUCACUGUACAUCGAAUGCUUGGCCAGAGGGCACGUCAUAAGCGAUGUGAUAUUUUCCGUUCUGAACGACGAGAAUUGCAAAAGAUGGGGCUGGCGCAUGAAGGAGAAAACAUUUGACAAUCAGAAAUUCAUCUCAUGGGGCAACUCCAAAUUCGUACAGCGCCAUUUGAUUCUAGAUCAAAACAAUCGUGUGCUCGUGAACGACACUUUGAAAAUAUUGUGCGAAGUGAUUUUGAACCCGAGGCACAAUCAGCUCAAUGGGAAUCACCUCGAAGGCAACUCUUUCGAUUACAGAUUAGAGCAAUUCAAUGACUUUGAGAAAUUGUUAGAAACCGGCAAUGGGAGCGACGUGACCUUUCGCGUUGACGGUAUCGAGAUCAAAGCGCACAAAGCUUUCAUUAUAAGUCGCAGUCCGGUAUUUCAGGCGAUGUUCGAGCACCAAAUGAAGGAAAAAGAAGAAAAUGUGGUUGACGUUCUAGAUGUUAAAUAUCAUAUUAUGAAGGAACUCUUGCGCUUUAUGUACGCCAGUAAAGUUAACAACGUUCAAGCUAACGCGAGUGAACUUCUUGCGGCAGCUGACAAAUAUUCUGUCAAAGGGCUCAAAGUUCUGUGCGAAUAUGAAUUGUCGAGAACGAUAACGUUUAAGAGUGUGUUCGAGCUGCUCGAGUUGGCUAAGAUGCACAACGCUAACUUUUUAAAAGCGCAAACCAUUGUAUUCAUCGUCACGAAUAAGCAUAGCAUAGUCGAACAACCCGAAUUCAACAAGUUCGCCGAUUUACAUACGGACACUAUUUGCGAAGUGUUCCGAGCCAUCGUCAAGAGUAGUUGA